UUUGAAAAAAAAAAACAGAAAAGAAACAGCAGAGCCCUUCCUUCUUUCGACGUCUCUCUUUCCUUCUUUCCUUUUUUAUUAUCAUCAAAUUAAUUACUACAAAAUAUCAUCCAUUUCAAUCUCUCUCUCUAUAUCUCUAUCUACGAAUUCAAACACUCUCUCUCUCUCUCUCUCUCUCUCUCUCAAUCAACCAGGUAAAGAAGAAGAAGAAGCAGAAGCAGAAGCAGAAGAAGAAGAAGAGUAAAGAUGAGUGGCGUACCAAGAAAGCAAAACCUCAACCCCAAGGUUCGCGUCAUUGCCAAAAUCAGAGGUUCCUCACAUCUUGACGGUCUUUCAACUUCUUGGAUUUCCGUUCACAAUAACAUACGUGACGGCAUUUUUUCUCACUCUCUCACUUUUUCUCUUGGAGACCGACCAGUUGCUACCAGUGGUGGUGGUGGUAGGAAGGAGGCUUAUGUGGUGGAUUAUUGCUACGAACAAAACGAGAAAAAUGAUUUGGUUUUUGAAAGAGAAGUUAAGCCUUUUAUUAAUGAAGUUUUUGAUGGCCGUAAUGCCACGAUUAUUGCUUGUGGAGCAAGGGGCACUGGAAAAUCCUACCUCUUUCAGGGUACGGAUGAUGAACCGGGUCUGACAGUGUUGGCUGUGGAUGAAAUGCUUCGAUUGGCUGCGGAUAACGGGAAGUCCAUUGCCGUUUCCUUUUAUGAGGUUGAUCAAGAUCAUCAUGUCAAAGACUUGUUGGAUCCCAAUCGACAACAAGUUUUUGUAUUGAAGGAUGCUCAUGGAAAAACACAAUUAAAAGGACUUUCUCAGGUUUCGGUGACAUCCGUGUCUCAAUUUCACAAUUUCUAUGGUGGUGGGACUAAUCCACGUAAAUCGAUUCAGAAAGCAGUGACUGAACUUCCCAAGAGAAGUCAUAAAGGGUUGAUAGUAUAUGUAUCGUCUCAUGGUGGAGAAAAGUUGGACGUUUCUGUCAGCAAAUUGAAUUUUGUUGACUUGGCAGGUUAUCAGGAUGCUAGAAGGAAGAGUAUUGAUGGACAUAAUUUGGUUGAGAGUACAAGGAAUAUUAAUAAGUCCAUUCAUGCCAUUCAUAAUGUUGUUUACUCUUUGAAAGCUAAUGAAACUCAUGUGCCAUACCGGGAAAGUAAGAUCACUACCAUGUUGCAAGAUUCACUAGGAGGGGCUGGCAGAAUUUUGAUGGUCACUUGCUUAAACCCAUCUUUUUGCCAAGAAUCUAUUUACAUGGUGAAAUUAGCAUCUCGUUCUUGUCAAGGAAGUAGUUGGGCUAUCACAGACUCCACAAAGAAAGCCAACAGCUCAGCAAGACCAAUGGUGCCUUCUUCACAUAAUAGCCGGAUGCUUGGUAGUGUUUCCACAUCUGUGAAGAAACAAAUUGUGUCUCGAGGGCACAUUUCUGGAAAAAAAGCACACUGUUCAACUUCCACACUGAAAGCUAGGAAACUGUUUGAUGAGUCAAGUGAUUUGAUAUCUCAGAAGAUUACUGUGCAGCCAAGUUCCUCAAACAAUGUUCCAACAGUUGAAUCUGUUAUGCAUGAAGCGGACCAGCUCACUUCAAAUGUUGCCAAAGAAGCAUCAUCUUUGGAAGUAGAAGGUGUAUCAUUGUUCACUCAUGAGGAUUCAAACUCUGUUUCUGUGGAUGUUUCUCCUGUAGCAGCAAUUUCUAGUACUUGUGAAACUACAAUACUUGAUAAGGAAGUUUCUCCUGUAGCAGCAGUUUCUAGUACUUGUGAAACUACAAUAAUUGAUAAGGAAGUUUCUCCUGUAGCAGCAGUUUCUGUUACUUGUGAAGCUACAAUACUUGAUAAGGAAGCUUCUCCACUAGCUAUUUCCAGUACUUGUGAAAUUACCGUACUUGAUAAGGCUGACGAGGACCAAAACAAAACUGUGCUUUACACUGGAGAGUUAUCUAUGUUCAAUGAAGGUAAAAAAAUAGACAAGGAAAACAACAGUUCAAUUGUCAAUCAAGGUGGAUCGCCACCCAUUAGCGCACAAUUGCAAGAACUAUCAAACAGUUUGAAGUUACUAUGUUCCUCAACCCCAUCGUGCAUGGAUAUAACACUAAAAAAUGAUGCAUUUCACAAUCAAACUUCAACUGAUAUCGGGGAACCAACAACUCCCAGUUCAAGUAUGAGAGUAACAAAUAGGGAAAUUACAAGCUUUUGUAGUCCAUGGGAAAAAUUCAACGCCCGCAGCACUGGGAUGAAGAACUCACUUGUUCAAGAUUAUCUUAGAUUGUUGAACACAGCUGACAAGGAAGAAUUGAGGAAAUUGAAGGGUAUUGGAGAAAAGAGAGCUACUUCCAUCCUUGAACUUCGAGAAGAUUGUCCAGAGCCAUUUAAGAAUCUUGAUGAUUUGAAAGACAUCGGACUCUCAGCCAAGCAGUGCAGGUAAAAGGAUGGCUUAAAAAGGAAGUUGGGGGACUCUUUGAUUAGCAUGGCAGCUAUGAUUAAUAUGUUGGUUUGGAAGAUAAUUUACUUUGGGCAACCGAAAGUUGCUUUGAAACUUAAUUAGAAUUGAUUGUAAAGUGGUUACUAUAUAUAUAUAAAUUUGGCAUGCAUUAUUAUUCA